AAAUAUUAUCGAUUAUUUCGCGCCGGCGCGCGUCGUAACUCACUGAAUCUUCCAAGUCGGAAAUCACUUCGAUUCUACAGAUUACACUUGCGUUGUGUCGUUAUUUUUUUUUAAUUCGUGCAUAAUUACAGCAAGUAUCUAAUGUGUUUAAAACUUGUUUUAAUAAUGAAAAAGUGACUAUUGAAAGAUUUGUAAUUUUCUCGGGAACUCUUAACAAAUCUUAUACGCCUAUUGAACAUUAAAUUACGUUGUGCAGUGUUAAUUGGUGAAUAAUUUUGUACAGUUAUUUAUUUAUAAUGGGGUCUAUUGUGCUAAAAAGCUUAUCUAUUCUUCUGGGAUUGUUCUUUAUAUUUAUGGGUAUUACCAAGAUUUCUCCAUUUAUUUCAAAGGAAUUGCAUAAGGAAUUGCGAAAGGAGUACGUAAGAUAUGCGAAAGUGUUUCCGUUGAGCGAGAUGCUGGAUUUUAAAGUUCCGUCCAAAUGGUACCGACGGACUAUCGGGGGAUGUGAAAUACUUUUUGGAAUAAUUCUCGCUCUUAUACCACAUCAGAGGAUAAAAAACGCGGCAAACAUUGGUCUAAUCCUACUAAUGGUGUUAGCGACGUACUCGCACGUUGCCAUCAGCGACCCCUUCGACCGAUCCGCACCAACCAUCGUCUUCUUCUUCAUGCUUUGCGGGAGACUGGUCGUUUGGUAUCAGACCCAUCGCCGAGAAAUGCUGGAGAAGUUAGCCGCGGCACAAAACGGCAACGGUCUUAAGAGAGAUUGAUAUUAUUUUGUGGUCGAAUACAUGUAAUUUUUUUUGCGUUUUAUCCAUCGGUAUACUGAGCGUUCCUUUUCAACAGUUCCGUUUGUCGCACGCUAAGGUCCAAUUGGCGAACGAGCAGGUUGUCGAAUACGAAUUUAUUAAUCAUACUUCAGUGUUCGUCUCUUUUUGCUGUUUAUAGGUUUAAACGCACUGUGAUUUUGGUCUAGUCACUUUAGUUUUAUAUGUUUCCUAUCCUAAACUACUGAAGAAAACGAGUAUUUCAGAAUUGAAUGUUUAUGAAUAUUAUUUAAUUCAUUCGCUACUUAAUCACACAUAAAUAGCGAAUAACUUAGUCAUUAAAGAAUAUUUAGUGACAAAAUGGCAUUAUAUUGACGGUAGGCUUAUAUAAGGUAACUUAUACCGAUUUUGGACAAAUUUGUCCGAUCGUAUGAGCAAUUAUUAUUAUUACUGAGCGCAAUAAUUUCUAGCCCGCAAUAUAAUUAUCUACAUUUGUUUUCAGUUUUGUACCGUAGUGCAUAAUAAUUACUAAUCAUGCGUCAUUUCUUAAAAUUUGAAGGUUUCUUUGCACAAAAGUGAUAUUAUUUUAAGUGUGAUUAUUGUAUACGAUACUAGAGUAGGUAUGGGAGUAGUAUGAAAGUAACAUUACCUACUCACUGUCUUGUAUUUACAAAUUACCAGACGAGUGUAUGACGGAUCGGUUACCCUUUAGCUUUAUGUGAAAUGAGUGUGUUGUGGUGUAAUUUCUGACAUAAGUAGUCAUUUAAUAAUAAUCGUAGGCUAAUCGCUCUGAGAUUGCUCAAUACAAACGCGACAUUACAUGUUUAUUAUAUUCGAAAGGAAUUUGGCUAGAAUUUCAUUUUCUAUUCUUCCCCUGUUCACUUGUACUUAACAUUGUUAUAAUUUGUUAUUUACAGUAGAGAUACCUAAUAGUUAUCUACUAAAAUAUAAUAAACAAAAUGUAAACAUUGAGAUUAAUAUUCGCAUAAAAUUUGUGUAGAUGGCCAUAUAUAGCCAAUUCAUAAUAGAGAUGGCAAGAAAGCUUAUAGUGGCCGCAUGCAAUGACACGCAUUUGAUGUGCAAGCCGCACAACAAUCUAACAAUGAGAAUCCAUAGUUUAUCAUUUAUUUUACUAUGUAUCACUGACUAAAUAACUCUUUGUUAUAAAGAAAUCCCCUAUUGGAGGCUGUGUGUUUGAUGUGUGUGGUGAGAAGUUAGAGAAGAAAGAUCAUGAGUGGUUAUUAGUUUUAUAUGAGAGUGUCACUGCCUGAUCUUGAAAAGUAGCCAUCAUGUAAUUUUUUUUAUUAAGAAUUUAAAUUUAAGCUUUUUGUGUACAAUAAACAAAUAGUUAACAGAG